AUGAAGGUCUUCUUCAAAUGGCGGCAGCAGCUGGGCACUUUUGUUCGCGAGCUUUACAUGGGCCACACGUCCUUUGCGCAGAGCAUCUCUCUGUUGCUGAAGCAGAGCGUGGAAAGCUCCGAACUCAACGAGAUGAUUGACAAACCGGGUUGUGACCUGUGGAGGCGCACCAAUCUGGUCGAGGACCUCGAGCAGCGGCUGGGCAUUGCCUACAAGCCUUGCAUGAGCACCAUACAGGAGAUUGCCGAAAUAUUGAUGGCCAUAGCUGGAAGCUUGGACAUUGAGGGGGCAGACAAGGUUACCGUCCUGGGCCUCCAAGCCAUCGUCUUUGCCAACCCGCCUGACCCGACCGAAACAGUAUUGAAAAAGAGGUACCACUUUAGGAGGCGAAUCAACCUUGUAAUGGACCGACGAACGAUAUCCGGCUUGCUGAAAAGGCUCAAAAGGUGCAAUACAAGGCUCUAUGAGUUCCUGGAGAAGGCAGACAGGAUUCACGAUGACGUGUUUGACUCUCGCGUCAAGAUACGCAGACUCGGACUGACCGACACGCGCAAGCAGUUCAGGAUGCAAGCACAGAGUUGCCUUCUCUUUUCAGGAUGCGACGCCCCAGCUUCAGCUACAAGAGUGGGAUUCCGGCUCGACUCGACAGAGGUGCUGCGAGGACCGUAUCUGAUCGAUACUCCGUGCACCUUCAUCUCCAAUACGACAACCCUUUCCGACUUGCUAACCGACAUGAAGCGUGCCGACUUCCCUGACCGAGACCGCUACACACUGGCCAUCACCCUGGCCUCGUCACUCCUCCAGCUCAGCGAGACACCCUGGCUCGAGCAUCCAUGGAGCAAGCGCGAUAUCUUGUUUCUCCGAAUCAAGGAGGACAGCCACGACUCUCCGGACAUCGAGCACCCAUACCUGACCCAAGGCUACGAGAGCACAGCUACAGGUGCUCGAGCCGUCAACAACCAGCCAAUCAGCCGCCGCAACCUCCUUAGCCUUGCCAUAUUGCUGCUCGAGAUCCGGUUCGGCAUUCCUAUUGAGAGACGGCAGCAGCCCGAGGACUUGGGGCCUGACGGCGAAGCGAACGAAGCAACGGACCUCACGACGGCCGGUCGAUGGCUGAGACGUGAGGCCGAUAAAGGGAGCCUGUCCACGGCCUUCCUCCAGGCCAUUACAUACUGUCUCAAAUGCUACAUCGACCCAUCCGCGACCUUUGGCAACCCUGAUUUCUCAAAAGCCGUCGAAGACAAGGUUCUGGAGCCCUUGGACCGAGAGAUGAAGUAUCUCUUCGCCUAG